AUGGGUGAUACUGCUGCUGCCGCCGUCGCUCUCGACGAAACCGACCAGAAGAUCAUGAAGCAGUUAGAGUACUACUUUGGAAACAUCAAUCUCCCAAGAGACAAGUUCCUUCAGGAGAAAAUCAAGGAGGACGAUGGAUGGGUUCCAAUCACAACAAUGCUCAACUUCAACCGUCUCGCCGCUAUCAGCAAGGAUACCGAUAAAAUCGCCGCCGCCGUCAAGGCAUCCGGCUCUGACGUCGUCGUCAUCUCCGAAGAUAACACAAAAAUCCGCAGAAAUACUGAGAAUCCAACGCCAGAGAACUCGUUGGAGUACUGGCAAAAGAUUAAGCACAGAACUGUGUACAUGAAAGGAUUCAACACUGACACCCAACUUGACGACAUUAUCAAAUGGGCCAACCAGUUCGGAGAAACCGAGAACAUUCUGAUGCGUCGUACCAAGCCAGGAGAUAGAACCUUCAAGGGAAGCGUCUUCGCAACCUAUAAGACCCGUGAGGAGGCAGAGGUCGCCCAGAAGUCAGAUGUGAAGUUCGGAGACAUUCAGCUCACAAAAAUGAUGCAAGAUGAGUACUGGACGAUGAAGAAUAAGGAGACCAAGGAGGCACGUGCUGCUAACAAGGCCGCCAAGUCCGCUAAGAACACCGCCGAGGCUGCUGAAUCUGAGAAGGCGCAAAACGCAGUGCACUACGAGAAGGGUCUCAUUCUGGCUGUCGAUGGAAUCAAGGGAGAGUCCUCUGUGGAUAGCAUCAAGACCUUCUUCAAGCAAUACGGAUCCGUUGGAUACGUCGCCCAUGAGGUUGGAAACGCCACUGCUGAGGUUCGUUUCAAUAACGACAGCGAGGGCGGUGCUCAGAAGGCUUGGGAGAAGGCUGUUGAAGCUGGAACCGACGGAAAGGUCAUGAUGAACGAUGCGGAAAUCACCGCUCGUGUUCUCGAAGGAGAGGAGGAGGAGAAGUAUUGGACCGAGUUCAAUAACAGAAAGAGCCAAAAGCAAAACUUCCGUGGAGGUCGUGGUGGGCGUGGAGGGCGCGGUGGUCGUGGAAGAGGAGGCCGUGGUGGACGUGGGGGAAGAGACGAUCGACGAGGAAACAAGCGUGGCGCUGAUGGAGAGGACGCCGGGCCACAAGGCAAGCGUACGGUCUUCGGGGAUGCUGACGGAGCUCCAGCUGGCACUGAUGCCGAAUAA